AUGUCAUGGAUAAUCGAAAAAAGUGAUAAUGCAUCAUCAGCCAUUAACAUACAAGGUAACAGCGUUACUUGUCACAAAGAAGGUGAUUAUGGCAGUCCAAUUCAUGUUCUUUGGAAAGAUCCAGCUGAAAAAUCAGGAUUAUAUUACUGGCAAAUUGAAUUUUCACAAUUAGAUGAACAUGGGGUUGCAAGUGUUGGUCUAACCACACAAGACCACUUCAAAGGUGGCUAUAGGUUGAAGGCGAUGGAAUACAAUGGUAACUUAACUAACGGUAUUUAUGCGUUAGUUGGUGCAUUCGGUAGCGCUAUUAAACAAGGUGACACUAUUGAUAUUUUACUUAAUCUGACUGACAGUGAAAUGAAAGUGCAUUUGUUUCAUAACGGCCAACCAUUAGGCCUGGCAUUCCACGUACAAGCUCCGUUUCCAAAACCCUUGUUUCCAGUCAUAAGCUUCUAUGGAGAUGGUAAAGCUGCAAUCAAUCGAUCCGAAAAAAUUCCAAAAAUGCUCGAUCGACGACAAGAACAGUUCAAAGGCAUGGAUGGUCACUGGAAACUGGUUGAUCACCCACAAUACAGUGAAUGUAUUGGUUAUCACUUUCGUCUGUUUAAACCAGUUCGAGCCGAUAGUAAUACUUACUGUCUUCGGACUAGUAUUGUAAAUGAUAUAAGUUGCGAUCUUGUCCAUGAUCCGUUCACAAAUAAAUGGACAAAUAAAGGCAUUCAGACAACAUUGAUGGAUGGAGAUGACGAAUUGCUACGAAAGGAAGAAGUAAUGCUGAACCUUCUCGAUGAAAUAACCAAUGUUGGGUUACAAGGACAACAUUUGGUUAUGAUGUUGAAUGGAAACCAAGUGAAAUUUGAACGGUAUACACAGGAUCCUUCAAUAGCAUACACGAAAAAUGUUUUCACAGAAGAAUAUUAG